GCUGUUCCCCUGAACCCUAACCCCGUAGUCCCAGCCCCUGUCGUCCCAGUCGUCCCCAGGACAGCGGAGGAGAGGGCAGGUCCCUCAGAAGACCAACAGGAAGUCCAGAGACCAGAGACACCUCAGCUCCAGCCCCACGUUAGAGCACUGGUCAGAGGAGUGGUGGAUCUGUUUCCUGAUGUCCAGGAGAACUAUGUAGCAGAACUGAUCCAGACCAAUGACCUGAAAGACCUCAAUGUUAUCUGUAACAUGUUGCUGGAGAACCCAGCCUUCCCUCAGAGAGAGAGUUCAGCCGCCGCGGCUCAGAGCAGCAUGCUACUGGAACCCUGCAACGACAACUCACAGUCUGCAGAGGACCUGUUUGACCUCGGGUCGUUAGGUCAGGUGGGUCAGGAGGCGUCGAUGCAGGCAGCUGACCUCUUGAUGGGAGACUUCAGGAUGAUUUCCUGUCAGGACAUCAAAUGGAGCCUCAACGCCUUGAAGGGGCACUACGCAAUCACACGCAAGGCCUUAUGUGAAGCGGUGAAGCAGUUUCAAGACUCUGAGUCGUUAGAGAAGAAACGACGCAGGAGACAGACUGCAGAACGCUGCUAUAUAGACUUCAAGUAUCAGCACGGUUCGGUGAAGUUGGAGAGGAGGAUGUACUUCCUGGAGAAGAACCGUCGCGGCUGCAGGACGUACGGAGCAUCUCUGGACCCCUCGUUGCAGAGGGAGGUCACCUUCUAUCAGCAGAAAGCCAAGGAGCAUGCUGAGCAUGAAGACUUCCUGCUGGCUCUGCAGGUUAAUGAGGAGGAGUAUGAGAAGGACGGACAGCUGAUAGAGUGUGGGUGUUGCUGUGGGGACUUUGCCUUCGAGAAGAUGACCCAGUGUUCUGAUGGACAUCUCUUCUGUAAAGAAUGUCUGGUUAAAUAUGCCGAGGAGGCUGUGUUCGGGUCGGGACAGUCCUCUCUCAGCUGUAUGGAAGCAGACUGUCCCUGUUCCUUCCCGGUGUGCGAGUUGGAAAAGGUUUUGCCGGACACGGUGUUGUGUAAAUACUACGAGAGACAAGCUGAAGAGGCCGUGGCCGCGACCUGCGCCGACGAACUAGUACGUUGUCCUUCCUGUAACUUCCCAGCGUUGUUGGAUAAGGGUGUGUCGCUGUUCAGCUGUCCCAACCCUCGCUGUCGAAAGGAGAGCUGCAGGAAGUGCCGUGUCCAGUGGAAGGAGCAUGCUGGGAAGUCAUGUGACCAGGUCAUGGAACGAGAUGAGAUACGCAUGAGGGUGGCCUUUGAGGAGCGGAUGACAGCAGCUCGGGUCAGGAAGUGUGUGAAGUGUGGAACAGGUCUGGUGAAGUCUGAGGGAUGCAACAGGAUGUGGUGUCGUUGUGGAAGCUACAUGUGUUACCUGUGCCGAGAGCCAAUCAGUGGAUACAACCACUUCUGUCAGCACGCCCGGUCCCCUGGCGCCCCCUGUAGACACUGCCGCAAGUGUUCCCUCUGGACGGACCCCACGCAAGAUGACGAGCGCAUCAUUCAGGACAUUCAGAAAGAGGGCGAGAAAGAGCUCAACAAGAAGAACGCAGAGACUUCAGGGAAGAGAGUGGGCCCGCCCCCGGAACCUGUGGUGGUUGCUAGCGACCUCGAGCAGCCCCCUCCGCAGGCGGUGCGACGCCCUUAUUGGUCCCUCCUCGUGUCAUUCUGCCUCAUCGCCAGCCCUUGCCCCCGCCCCCUGUGCCCCGCUCCUCCACCUGCCCCCUCAGGAACCACCCCCCUCAACCAGGUCAACAACAACCUGAACAAUACAGAGCACACCAAGGCCACAGACAGAGCACACUGUCUGCCACAGACAGAGCACACCAAGGCCACGGACAGAGCACACCAAGGCCACGGACAGAGCACACCAAGGCCACGGACAGAGCACACCAAGGCCACGGACAGAGCACACCAAGGCCACGGACAGAGCACACCAAGGCCACGGACAGAGCACACCAAGGCCACGGACAGAGCACACCAAGGCCACGGACAGAGCACACCAAGGCCACGGACAGAGCACACCAAGGCCACGGACAGAGCACACCAAGGCCACGGACAGAGCACACCAAGGCCACGGACAGAGCACACCAAGGCCACGGACAGAGCACACCAAUGCCACGGACAGAGCACACCAAUGCCACGGACAGAGCACACCAAGGCCACGGACAGAGCACACCAAGGCCACGGACAGAGCACACCAAUGCCACGGACAGAGCACACCAAGGCCACGGACAGAGCACACCAAGGCCACGGACAGAGCACACCAAGGCCACGGACAGAGCACACCAAGGCCACGGACAGAGCACACCAAGGCCACGGACAGAGCACACCAAGGCCACGGACAGAGCACACCAAGGCCACGGACAGAGCACACCAAGGCCACGGACAGAGCACACCAAGGCCACGGACACAGCUGUAG